AUGGCAUGGAUUUUCACCCUUUACGUAAUACUACUUCAACACACAGGUUCGUUUAAGUGGAAUCGACUAUUUGGUGGACAUUUGUCUCGAAGUCAACGUACAUUAUUUGACGAAUGGAAUGUGAUGGAAACGUACCAGCCACGAGCAUGGACAUUGGGACAUUUGUUUGAUCCGGAACCACCUACGCCAUAUUGCAGUGGGAAACCUAGCCAAGAGAUGGAUCCUUUCAAAAUUGCCAGAGAUGCGGUAAGCGACGUUUGUUACUCAUUCAUUCGAAUUGCUCAUUUUCUUCAGCAUUAUGCGGAUGAGUUCACGUUUGUGCAGAAAAUGGAAGCUGAAAGAAAAGCUAGAGAAGAGAACUCUGGUAAUACUUCCCAGCAAGGAAGUCAGCAAACCUCCACAAGUGGCCAAACAGAAACUAUGCGAAUAGAAUUGAACGAAGAACCUAAAGGAGGUGAUCAAGAUUCCUACCGUGAAAUAUGA